AUGCAUGCUCCAUUUCCUCAUCGUUUGAUGUUUACUAAACCACCAACUGGUUAUAAAGAUAUUCUUGAUGUUUUGCAGCAGGUGAAAGUUAACAUUCCUCUCUUGAGUGUGAUUAAGCAAAUUCCAGCGUAUGCCAAGUCCAUAAAGGAUCUCUGCACCAUCAAAAGGAAGCAUAAUGUGCAGAAAAAGGCAUUCCUCACGGGACAGGUAAGUGUUAUUCUUAAACACAACACUCCUCCCAAAUAUAAAGAUCCGGGAUGCCCUACUAUUUAUUUUAUAAUAGGGAAGUUCGUGAUCAAACAAGCACUUUUGGAUUUGGGAUCUAGUGUAAACCUCCUACCUUUCUCGGUUUAUGAGCAGUUGGGCUUAGGUGAAUUAAAACCCACCUCGGUCACUCUACAACUUGCGGAAAGAUCAGUUAAAGUACCGAUAGGGGUAGCUGAGGAUGUGUUAGUUCAAAUCGAUAAAUUUUACUAUCCAGUGGAUUUCAUUGUUUUGGAUACUCAACCUGUGGUUAAUGCUAGUAAUGAAAUACCUAUCAUUUUAGGUCGCCCUUUCCUUGCAACUGCCAAUGCUUUGAUUAAUUGUCAAAACGGUAUAAUGAAUCUUUCGUUUGGUAACAUGACUGUUGAAUUAAACAUCUUUGAUGCAUGUAAAUACCCAAGUGGUGAUGAUGAUAUUCAUGAGGUUAGUAUGAUUGAAACAAUUGUGCAGGAAAAGUUAUCUCAUCUAGAAGCUGGGGAUGCGUUAGAAUCCAGUCUUCUUAACCUUUUGGAUUUCGAUGAGGAUGGAUCCAUUGAAGAAGUCAAUUCCUUACUGGAUUCAUCCCCAUUACUGGAUACAGAUAAGUGGCGGUCUAGAUUUGAAUCACUUCCAAUCAAUGAGACCAAGACACUACCCUCAUCCAUAGAAUUCCCAAAGCUUGACCUUAAGCCACUUCCUAGUGACUUGAAAUAUGCUUUUUUGGGUCAAAAUGAAAUUUCCAGUAAUCAUAUCAUCUGA